GAGCUACGAGAGCUGGAUGACGCUCCCGCUGCCGACGGUGCACGGCCCAGCGCCCCCCCAGUGGGCGACGAUGACCAGGGUGUGCGAGACCCUCGGCCUGGCCAAGAGCGCCGUCACGAAGUCGGAGAACGACAUCGAUUGGGGCAAGGAUGCCGUGGAGUUCGUGAACGCGUACAAUGUGGCGGUGUUGGGCGCCAUCGAUUUGUUCGCGGGCAAGGCCAACUUCACCCGCGAGGCCAUGGCGCGGGGCAUGGGCGUUCGGACCUACGAGCUCGACAAGACUUCGUACCCCGCCUCGUGGGAAGACGUCGGGAGCGGCUCAGACGACAUCCUCACGGAGUUCGGCAAGUUCAGGCUCUGCGUCGCGCUCUUGCGGCUCCACGCGUACGGCAUCGUCAUGGCGGGCUGCCCGUGCAAGUACUUCAUCUUCAUGACGAGCGUGCACACCAGGAGGACCUGA